CCCUUCCCUGCCUGGCAUGGCUGAUAUGGAUGAGAUAUGGUCGGAGAUGCAGCGGGAGCAGAAAACCAAGAGCUUUGCAAAGACCAAGGUGUCCGACCUAAGUCUCUUGCAAAGAGAAAAGAAGACGAAGAAGGUCGCCAAGCGCAUGGACUCCUCGUUGAAUUGGAUGUCGGGCUGGGCCAAAUUGAAGACAGAGCAGGAGCAGUUGAGACCUGCAGAAGUUGAACCUGCCAUGGCGGUGGUGGAACCUCCCACGACCAUGGUGGAUGCACUUGAAGAGUUGCCAACAGGCACUCCUGAGAUCUUCUUGGCCUACAUCCAGCGUGACAUCAACUGUCUGGCCGAAGAGAGCCUCAGCGUACGCCUGACAUCGCUGCAGAAGCUGCAGCGGCUGCUGGUGCAGCAGGUGGAAAGCCUGGCGACCGACAUCAUCGAUGCGGUGAUGGAUGCGCUUCUGAAGCCGUUGCUGAAGCGCAUGAAGGACCGCAGCGAGAAGUGCCGCGAGUGCGCCGUGAAGAUCCUGCGGAGCCUGGUGGAGAACACCUCGGAUCUCAGCGCGGCGCUGCCCUACAUUUUCCCCUCUUUAGUUGGCAGAUUGGGCUCUGAGGACCUGGACGGCGUGGCGCACCUCCCCGAGAUCAUGCGCCCGGACCCGGAGCAGAAGCCCACGGAGAUCGCGCAGCCGGUGGAGGAGAGCGAAGAGGUGCGUCUGCAGCUGGGGCACUUCGUCGCUGCGCUGCUGCUGCGCUGUUCGCCCACGCAGAUCUACGCCUACAUCGACGAGGCCACGGGGCUGAUCCGGGCCCAGGCCAUGGAUCCCUUCCACGAGGUGAAGGCUUUGGCGUGUGAGACCAUGAUUUCCUUCUGUUACAACCACACGGAGAUGCUGCUGCACUUCGCCCUGCCGUUGGCCAGAUCUCUCACGUCCAGCCUGACGCACAACCACGCGAAGAUUCGCAUCGCGGCGCUGCGGGCGGUGACGGCGUGUCUCUGGUGCGGAGUGUGGAAGCACAACUUCGAGAUCUUUCAGGUGUUGAUGGCCUGGCAGGACCCCAACAAGGUUCCCAUCAAGGCCUUCUACGAAGGCGUCACCAAUGUGAACUACAUGUCCACCCUGAGCUUCGACCGGCACCCGGCGGUGCGGCGCUUCUGGUUCGAGACCUUGGCGCAUUGGAUGCUGCGCUGCGUGGACAAGGUCGACCUAGAACCAUACAUCGCUCCGUAUCUCUUGACCGGUCUCUGUGAUGAGAACGAGGAGAUUGCGUUGGAGGUCUUUUGGCUGAUCGAAAAGAUCGGAGAGGCCUAUGAGGCCGAGAAAGAGGAGGACCUCCGGAAGACCAAGCAGUACGGCUUCGACUACACCUGGACCUACGGCGGCCGCGCCUCCGUUCCCUUCCCCCUGCAGGGCAUCUGGGCCGGCGGCGACCGCCUGGACCACGUGCGCAAGACGGGCGCGCGGGGACCGGACUUCUUGGGGCAUAAGGCGUUGACGGAGCAUCACCAUAGAGAGCUGUUAGAUGAUGCGGGUGAGGAGGAGGAGGAGCGUCUAGGAGCUCCCUUGGAACUGCCGCGACGCGACUACUGCUGGCCGGACAGUCGCGGCCUGGACGUCUUCCCCCGGCUGCCGCGGCCACGGCUGGGCUCGAGGAGUUGGGUGCGGACGCACAGCAGGCGCUACAUCAAGGCCACCUUCAAUGACGUGGUGGACUUCCGCGAUUGCACGGCCUUGAAUGCGGGGCGCUUGCUGUGUAUGUCCGUGGCCUAUACUGAAGAAGGUGUCACCGAGUGGUUGCAGCCCAUGCUGGCAGCUUUGACGAAAUUCUACUCCGGCAGGGCCUGGGCUGCGGGCGAUACCAGGGCCAUGCAAACCUAUGGCGCCGUCUGCAAGUUGCUGGGCGCUUUCCUGGAGCCCUCGGCCUUGUGGGCCCAGCUGAAGGCCGCCUUGGAUGCGGAGUGCGCCAUGGACUUGGACCAACGCAUCGCCAGCAUGCGAAUCCUGGCCAUGUCUUUGGAGGGCCAUGUGGAGGUUCUGCAAUCCAUCCAGCCGCCGGACCCGGAGCUAAAGAUGGGUCAAUUGGAGCCGGUCAUCCCCGAGCUCAUUGAGGCCAUGCACAACUCGGACCUACUGCUGAGCCCCACGCCCGAGUCGCGGGAGGUGAUGUGGACGGUUCUCUUUUCCUUCCUGGAACCUUUGGGGGCCUUCCUGACGGACGCGCCGGGUUUUUUAACCUUUUGCAUUUGGUUACCGGUGCACUGCACCCGUCAGAGCAGCUACAGCUAUGCCCAAAUCCUCGCUGAGAGCAGUUCCGUGCCCAAAGUGAUCUAUGACGCCUUGCGCGAAGCGGGAGCACUGGUGCAGACGCACUUGGAAACCUUGCAGGAAGCCAACCGCCUAGCGGAGCAGCGGCAAGCUGAUUCCAGCGCCAGGAUCGACGAGAAGACGCAGGCGAUGAAGGCGAUGCAGACGCAGACGGACUUUGUCGCAACCAAGGCCAAGGCCACGCGCGAUCUGAUGCUCCAAGUGGAUACGGCGGCGGCGAAGCACUCCAAA